AUGGUCGAGGAGAAUGCGAGAUUCGAAAUCAAGCCGAUCAUGCUCCAAAUGAUCCAGAACGCAGGGAAAUUUGGGGGUUUGCAAGGUGAAGACCUACACGCCCACUUGACCAGCUUUGUCAAGAUGUGUGGCAACUUCUCAAUACCUAGCGUUACCCCUGAGGGUAUUAGAUUAUACCUCUUCCCUUGCACCUUGCAGGACGAAGCAAAGAGGUGGGCUCAGUCGUUAGAGUCGGAUGAGAUUAACGCAUGGGAACAAUUGGUUGACAGCUUGGAUCGAUCAACGCAAGCAGUUGCUGAUGCCUCCACGGCAGGAGGAUUAAUGGACAAGACGUAUACAGAAGCAAAGCUUAUCUUAGACCGCAUUUCGCGAAAUACAAAUGAGUGGAUAGAUAACGGGUAUGAGGAAAGAGGCUCGAAACAAAGAAGAGCAGAAAGUGCCAUUGUACCAGCUGAUACAAUGAGCACCUUGGCCGCCCAGAUGGCGGCAGUGACCUCUCUCCUUUAG